UCGUUGGUGGUGGUGGUGGUAUACCUGUUGUGACAAUUGUCUAAUUGUGUUUCGUCUGGAUUUAAUUCUAAAAAUAUAACCUGAGUUCGUAGAAAUUCACGGGAAUUGGUGUUGAUGGCUGUUGUUGGAAGGUUGCACAAUUUGGACAACGGAUGCGUUAAGGGAAAAAGCGAGAAGCAGAAGAUGGAAGACGAGCUGGACGACAAGAUCAUCUACCAGACGUACAUGUCCCACAUGAAGAUCAUGUCGCGUAUGGCCUGGGGCAGCGGCGGAGGCGGCGCUGGAGGUGGUGGAGGUGCUGGCAUGAGCUCGAUGAGUUUCUCUCCGGUGGCGAUGGCCUCGUACGUGGGGCGACUCUUCAGAGCGUACGUGCUGAAGCCGGAAAUCCUGAUCUUCGGCGUAGUCAUAUUCGUGCUGUUUAUUUACCUGCAUUCUGUCGAUGUUUGGAGCAGAAAUGUGUUGGGCAAAUUGCAGCAGACGCUCGGCUCGCAGAGGACCAAAGAGAAACGGUUGAAUCUGUUCAAUUCUGGAGACCUGGAGAGGGCCAGCUGGGAGUUGAAGGUCGGCCCGGUGAGCGCUUACGCCGUGCAGGGAAGGCGAGCGAAGAUGGAAGAUAGAUUCGUUAUAAACGAUGAUAUCAAUGGUACCGGAGUGGCGUUGUUCGCCGUUUUCGAUGGUCACGGCGGUGAGUUCGCUGCGAACUACGCCAAAGAUAAGCUGGUGAAGAAUCUGACGGAUAAGGUGGUCGAAAUCAAGAAGUUGAUCCAAGGCGGAACCGUCGUCGGAGAGGCGGAGAAGUGCGAAGACGUUACGACGACGUACGGGUCGGCGGCUCAGAGGCGGAAGAGCUUCAAGAAGACGACGACGGACGAGUGCAUGGGCGGAACGACGGAGAUCACCGACGCGGAGAUCUUGAAUAAACUGGAGAGUCUGAGGCCCAUCACGAGAGAGGCGAAACCCAGCAAGGAGCCGCCCCAAAAGGCGGUGCCCAUCAAAUCGUAUUUCGACAAUACCGGCACCAUAGAUUACGGAAAAUUGUUGACGGAUCAAGUGCUUGCUGCUGAUAGAUUGUUAGUGGAAGCCGCCAAGAAGACGCUGGAUAUUGCCGGCACCACAGCGCUCAUAGCAAUCCUCGAGGGUUCGAAGCUGAUCGUAGCGAACGUCGGCGACUCCAGGGGCGUGAUGUGCGACGGUCGUGGAAACGCGAUUCCGAUGUCCUUCGACCAUAAACCUCAGCAGAUGAGGGAGAGGAAGAGAAUCCGGGAGGCUGGUGGUUUCGUCACGUUCAACGGCGUUUGGAGGGUGGCCGGAAUCCUGGCUACCUCGAGAGCGCUGGGCGAUUAUCCGCUGAAGGACAAGAAGCUGGUUAUCGCGGACCCAGACAUUCUGACUUUCGAGCUGAGGGAUCACCGUCCGAUGUUCGCCAUCCUCGCUUCCGACGGUCUUUGGGACACCUUCAGCAACGAGGAGGCGGUAGCCUUCAUCAAAGAACGUCUGCACGAACCCGAUUACGGCGCGAAGAGCAUCACCCUGCAGGCCUACUAUCGCGGCUCUCUGGACAACAUCACCGUGAUCGUCAUUAACUUCAAGGAGAACGCCUUCAGCUACCAAAAGACCAAACCCUCCGCUUAGAUAUCUGUUACCAAAAGGGUAUCCAACGCGAUGGCAAGGAGCGACGGAAGACUAACCGCAACAAAGUUUAAAUGUGAUCUAGAUUAGUUUUAUUUAAGAUAAUCAAAAGAAAUAUUAAUGCAUCUUCGGUGUUGCUGCUGGCAGACGUCUUCGACAUUUAUUUAUCGAAUUUGCCAUCGUUUUAUUUUGCAGCCUUCAAAGAGAGUUUGAUUGAUUUAUUAUUUAAUAUAUUUAUAUAUGAGAGUGCGUUGAGUAAGUGAAAGUCGACUCCUUUUCCUCAAUUUUGGUUUGGCAUUUCCGUUUGGAACACGAAUGAAUCGAUACGAUUGUGAGUAUAUUUAUGUACAUACGCAUUAUUCAAUGAUGAACGAGAAUCGAGACAAGAAA